CUGGUCUUGAUGUUCUGCAUCUUUUCUUCUUCUUUGGUGGUCAUUAGGCCUACCUGAUACUACUAGUGAGUGAUAAGUUGAUAACACUUCCCUGCCCCAAUUGUUUUCUUGUUCCUGGUAGAGGUAGACACUACCCCUGGUCUCUUUGGAAGGCUUCAUCUUUCCAUUUUAGGUCGUGCAGAAGUGUGCUCAGCAGCUGAAGGUUCCAGUGACUUCUUGGUUUGGUUUUGAUUAGUUUCUGCAAUUCUUGGAGAAUUCCGAGGCGGCUCGCCAUGAGCGGCAACCCAUCGUUCUCGCAGUUCGGGGUGGACGCCAUGAACGGGUACUUCAUGGCGGCGAGCGGCAAUGGCCUGCUCGGCGCCGCCGACGUGCCGCUGUUCCAUCCGGCCAUGGCGCCGCCUGAUCAUGGCGGCGGCGGCGGCUUUGGAUCCUCUGGCGACGCGGCGGCGAUGGACAUUGGCGUGCACUUCGCGGCGAACAACCUGGUGCUCGCGUCCCUGGCUAGCCAGCUCUUCGGCUCCGCUCCGGCGGCGCCGCACGGGCACGGUGACUAUGUCGGCGCGAGAACGCCGCAGGAGGAGGAGAUGGGCGGAGGAUAUGGCGUUGCUGCCGUCGGUGACAGCCCCGGCGCGGUGAGCCUCGCGUGCCUCGGCCAGUCGGACGACAUGGCGGUUGGUUGGUCGUCGGCGUCAAAGAAGGCGAGCUGCAACUGGAGCAACGCCGGUGGAUCAAGGACCGCCGCCGCUGUACAGGGAUCAUAUUACCUCGCCAGAGUGCCGGAGGCGGCCGGCUUUGUGUACCCGCUCGACGCCGGCCACUCCGCCGCCACGCCGGCGAGCGAGCUGUCGCUGAGCCUGUGCUCCAACUCGUCCUCGGACAGCAUGAUCAACGCCGGCGACCAGUGCUCGUCGGCAGCGAGCCGGUCCGGCCUGACGCAGAUGAGCAGGGUGGAGCCCGAGCUGCCGCUACUGCCGUACUGCCCGCAGGCCUGCUCCAGGCCGGCGACAAACUUCGCCGCGGUGGUGGCGCGCUCCCGGUACGCGGCGUUCGCGCAGCAGGUGCUCAACGACGCCGUCGGCUGCGUGCUUGCCGGCGUCGCGGACGCCGCCGCCGCCGCCGCCGACUCGGCCAGUGCCGUCGACAGCGGGUCCAGGCCGUCGAGCUGCUCGGUGGCCGGCGCGCCGUCCUCCGCCGUGAGCUCAAACAACCAGCUCAUCGCCGCCUCCUCCGGCGAGCACCCGCACGGCGGCGGCGGCGACGCCCAGAGGCUCAGGAGCGAGCUCCUCAGCAUGCUCCAGCUGAUGGAUCACAAGUACAACCAAUGCCUCGACGAGAUCCAGAGCACGACGGCGAGGUUCAACAGCCUGACGCACGCGGCGGAGCGCGCCGCCGGGAUGGGCAGCGGCGGCGGCGGCGGGAGUAUCUGCGCGCCGUUCGCGCACCGCGCCGUGUCGGCGAUGUACUACGGCCUGAGGCGCCGGAUCGCUGGCGAGAUCAUGGCCGCCGCGCCGGCCGGCGCCGGCAUGGCCUGCCGCCGCGGCGGCGAGUCGUCGUCGGCGGUGACCGGCGAGAGGGAGCGGAGCUGGGAGUCGGCGUUCAUCCAGAAGCACUGGGCGGUGCAGCAGCUCCGGCGCGGCGAGCAGCAGUGCUGGCGGCCGCAGCGCGGCCUCCCGGAGAAGUCCGUCGCCGUGCUCAAGGCCUGGAUGUUCGAGAACUUCCUCCGCCCAUAUCCCAAAGACAGCGAGAAGGAAAUGCUUGCAGCAAGGAGCGGCCUCAGCAGGAACCAGGUGUCAAACUGGUUCAUAAACGCUCGGGUGCGGCUAUGGAAGCCUAUGAUCGAGGAGAUGUGCGAGGAGCUGAAGAGGAGCUCGGGAGCCAGUGGAGGAAGCCAAGCUCUUGCAAUGGAGCAUCUGAACAGCCAAGAUGUCAUCAGUUAACCAGUAGAGUUUGGCUGGUGUGAUGAUCAAGCAUGUUAGCCGUGGAUUAAGAUCAACGACCUAUUGCCAUUGAUCGAUUUAUUUGUGAAUCCGCAAGAUGUAACUUUGGUUUAGCUCGAUGGUUUCAGUAUAUAUAAUCUAUCGGUGCAGUGAUCGAUAUUUCGCAAUAGAUCAUGAGCACCUCGAUGGAGAUGAGAUCAAUGUGAAUCGCUGAGUUCAGUCGAGCAGUGUUGCCUGCGGCUAUUCUACUA